AUGCCUGUCACACUUGUCCUCGGAGCCCAAUGGGGCGACGAAGGUAAAGGCAAACUGGUCGACAUCCUCGCGUCCUCGGCCGACCUUGUCUGCCGCGCCGCCGGAGGCAACAACGCAGGCCACACCAUCGUGGUCAACGGCACGACCUAUGACUUCCACAUCCUGCCCUCGGGCCUCAUCAACCCGUCGUGCAAAUACAAUCUCAUCGGCACCGGCUGCGUCGUGCACAUCCCCUCGUUUUUCAAAGAGCUCGCCGCGCUAGAAGAGAAAGGAUUAGAAGGCGUCAGGGACCGCAUACUCGUCUCGGACCGCGCGCACGUCUGCUUCGACCUCCACGGCGUCGUCGACGGCAUCUCCGAGGACAAGUCCAAGAGCGUCGAUGGAGGCAAGAACAUGAUUGGCACGACCCGCAAGGGCAUCGGCCCAUGUUACAGCGACAAGGUCGCCCGCCGGGGCGUGACCUUCUGGAUGCUCGUCAACGAACAACAGCGCUGGGAAUGCCGACUUCGCGACCUGGAAGCCGGCUAUCGGAAACUCUACGGCGACGACGCUCUGCGCGGGUAUAGCGUCGAAGACGAGAUCGCCAAACUGAGAGGCUGGCGCGACGAACUGGCAAAGUACGUCGUCGACCAGACUUCCCUGCUGGCACAGGCCGUGGGCAACAAGGGCAUCGCGACUGCCAAUGGCGCAGGAUCAGGAUCAGGAUCCGCAUCCACCCAGCAGAGCAGCAGGAUGAACAUACUGAUCGAGGGGGCCAACGCGCUCCUGCUCGACAUCGACCACGGCACCUACCCCUACGUCACGUCCAGCAAUACCGGCCUGGGCGGCGUCUUUACGGGUCUGGCGGGUCUGAGUCCCCAGUCGCUGUCCUCGCCGGGAAGCAACAUCGUCGGCGUGGUGAAAGCGUACACCACGCGCGUGGGCUCGGGGCCUUUCCCCACGGAGCUCGGCGCUGCCAUCUCGCCCACCGACGCAGAGUACGGCGAGCGCCUUCAGCGCGUGGGCCGCGAGUUCGGCGUCACGACGGGCCGGAAGCGCCGCUGCGGCUGGUUCGACCUCGUGCUGGUCAAGUACUCGGCUGCCGUGAACUGCUACACGCAGAUCAACCUGACCAAGCUGGACGUGCUGGACGACUUUGAAGAGAUCCGCGUGGCAACGGCCUACACGCACAAUGGUCAGACGCUCGAGAGCUUCCCCGCGGAUCUGGAUGUCAUCGAGAACAUGCAGGUCGAGUACAAGACGUUCAAGGGCUGGAAGACCACGACGACGGGGAUCAAGCAGUUCGGCGAUCUCCCCUGGGAGGCGCGGGAGUACAUCGCCUUCAUUGAGGCUCAGGUGGGUGUCCCAAUCAAGUGGAUCGGUACAGGACCUCGGCGGGAAGAUAUGUGUGUCCGGUAG